GCUGCCCGUCAGCCAAGAUUGGGAAAACCGCUCCUGAAUAAGUGGAUAUAGCAGUUUUGACUGGUUAACAUGACUAACGACGCAUCCAAAAAGAAGGGGAAGAGUUCAACUGAGAAAAAAGCCAAAAGAAAAGCCAAAAGAAGAGAGACUUACGCGAUGUACAUCUAUAAAGUUUUGAAACAGGUUCAUCCGGACACGGGGAUUUCGAGCAGAGCCAUGAGCAUCAUGAACUCCUUCGUCAAUGACCUGUUCGAGAGGAUUGCCACAGAAGCGUCCCGCCUGGCUCAGUACAACAAGCGCUCCACCAUCACCAGCAGAGAGGUGCAAACUGCGGUGAGGCUGCUGCUGCCCGGGGAGCUGGCUAAACACGCCGUGUCUGAGGGAACCAAGGCCGUCACCAAGUACACCAGCUCCAAGUGAAAACUUCCAGUGCGUUAUGAUGAGGAAUUUAAACUUGAGAGUUGGCAUUUUGAAAGCUGGUCAUUAAAAUAAUUCACAAAGCAA